CCCAUUUAUAAGGGCAAGGUGAGCACCGCAACACACACAAUCUUGGCUCCUGGCGCGCGCGGGGAGAGAGAGGUAGGCAGCCGUUGCUUGGUCGCCGUAGCUAGCUGCCUGCUUCCUCCUGACUCGCGUGAGUAGAUGCUCUCAUUUCCCUUCCGGCGUCUGCUCGCCUCUGCUCCUUCCUUGGAAUCUCGCCCUGCACUUAUUCCCUCACCUGUCUCUGCAUCCUAGCUUAGCUUCUAGCUAGCGCGCAGACAGCCAGCAAGCGAGCUGCGAGCUAGAGAGACAGAGGUGUGGUUUCUUUCCGUGCGACUGCACCCUGCUGGCCUGCUGCUUUGAAGACUUGCUCAGGUCUCAAAGCACUCAAACCUUGUCCCUUGCUCGCAAACCAUUGCCGCCUCAUCCUGUUCCGCUUCUCGGGCACCGCGCGCGCAGCACCUGCUCUGUUCACUCUCUCUCUCUUCUCGCAGGCAGGCAGCCUUUCCCUUGCCGGUCGCCAUCUGCAUUUAUAUACCCCCUUCUGGUCUCCUGCUUGCCUCUGUGCAGCUACAGUAGUUCAGUGCCGUGCUCGUGACUCGUGAGGUUUCUUCGUUGCUGAGCUGAGGAGAGGGGAGCUCGGAGGGAAGCGGCGAUCAUGGCGUGGAGCGGCCGGCUCGGAGAGGCCGGGGACAGCGGUCUCGAGCUCAGCCUUGGCCUUCCAGCCUACUUCACCAUGCCCUCAGGUUUGGCCGGCGGCGAGGAGCCUAGUGACACUUCUGCUUUCCCUCUGCAAGCUGCCAAAGGAAGCAAUGGCUCCAAGGCAAGGCCAGCAGCUGCUCCGGUGGUGGGGUGGCCGCCAGUGCGUUCGUUCCGGAGGAACCUCGCCUCCUCCAGACCGCCGCCUCAGUCGUCGUCGGCUCAUCAGGAUGGCGGAGGCAAAGACGGCGGCGCGAAGGCCGGCGCCGAGCUCGGCCUGUUCGUGAAGAUAAACAUGGACGGCGUGCCGAUCGGGAGGAAGGUCGACCUCAGGGCCUACGGCGGCUACGCCGAGCUCUCCGCCGCCGUCGGCAAGCUCUUCCGCGGCCUGCUCGCCGCUCAGAGGGAUCCAGCCCCGGCCGCCGCAAGCCGACUCCGCGGCGAAGAGGAAGAGGAUCUGGUGAUCGGCGGCGGCGGUGAGUACACUCUGGUGUACGAGGAUGAGGAGGGCGACAGGGUGCUGGUCGGCGACGUCCCGUGGGAGAUGUUCGUGGCCACGGCGAAGCGGCUGCGCGUGCUCAAGAGCUCCGACCUGCCGGCGUCGUCGUAUCGUCGGCCCUUGGCAGUUGAGAGCAGGGGGCAGGAAGAGGGCUGCAGCUGACUGCUGAAGCUGAACCGUGCUCUGCUCCCACGCAUCGAUGGUCAGCUUGUAAAAAUCUCCAAGUGGAGGAUGGAGGAGUGCCGCAAAGCUCGGGCCUGCCCUUUUUUGAUGUCUCUGUCACGCUGUCAAUAGUAGUAUGAGAACAAGUCGUAAUUGGUAUUACGAUGGGUCGUGUGAUGAAACAGUAUUAGUGCUGCUAGUAAUUGGAAUAGCAACAGUGGUGGUGGUGUUAACGAAUCUAUGGCCGGUGUUGCCUCUUUUUGGUGUAA